UGUAGACUUUAUCAAGUCUUGAGCAAUCCACUAACAUUAUCUACUGAAUGAUAGUGAACUAUUAUCAUUUCCAAAAACAAAAAUGAUGAACCUGUUGUCUUCAUUUUGUGUCCAGAACCUUGUUGCUGUGCUCAUUGUACUGAUGCAAGGAAAAGCACUGCCACUGAUUACCUCCUCUUUCCUCCUCACUGCAGCUUCAACAAUCACUGCUCCUAGUAGCUUUGGUGGAAACGAGACGGAUUAUGAAGCCUUGCUAGCCUUCAAAGCAAAGAUACAAGACCCGCAUAGUAAUACCUUGAGCUCGUGGAAUGAUUCUCUCGAUUUCUGCAACUGGCCAGGGAUCACAUGUGGCCGUCGACAUGGAAGGGUCAGAAUUAUCAAUCUAGUGGACCAAAAAUUGGCAGGCACCUUGUCUCCUUACGUGGGAAAUAUUAGCUUCCUUCGAGAAAUAAGACUCGCAAACAACACAAUUCAUGGUGAAAUUCCACCUGAAGUUGGGCGCCUGUUGAGAUUACGAGUUCUGAUGCUGACCAAUAAUUCCAUAGAAGGCAAAAUUCCAGCCAACUUGUCAGGCUGCUCCAGCCUUGCAGAGCUCUAUAUUGAUCGUAACAAGCUUGGAGGUGAAAUUCCUACGGAGCUUGGUUUCUUGUCAAAGCUCACAAUACUCUCUUUUCGUCAGAAUAAUCUCCUGGGAAAGAUACCGCACUCCAUCGGUAAUCUUACCUCCCUUGAAAGUUUGUCUUUGAAAAGAAAUGUUCUUGAGGGAACUAUUCCUGAUUCUUUAGGCCGACUGAAGAGAUUAACUAGUCUUCUGCUCGGUGAAAAUAAACUUUCGGGUUUCAUCCCUCCAUCUCUAUAUAAUCUGUCGUUGAUUACUACUUUCUAUUUGGGUGGCAAUGGAUUUCGCGGAAGUCUUCCGUCGAAUUUAGGCCUAUCCUUUCCCCAUCUUCAAUGGCUUGCAUUAUGGCAGAACCAGUUUUCCGGACCGAUUCCAGGGUCAUUAACCAAUGCUUCUGAGCUUCAAAUUGUUUCUUUUACAUAUAACAGUUUGACAGGAAAAAUACCUGAUAUUUUUGGAAAACUACAUCAUCUCUCUGGACUGCAUUUCGGAAGUAAUAACCUGGGAACCGGAGGAGAUGAUGAAAUGGCGUUUCUUGCUUCUCUGACCAACUGCAGCAUGUUGAAAGUUGUGAGCAUCAACAACAACAGAUUAGAAGGAUCGCUGCCGAUUACAGUAGGAAAUCUUUCAACAUAUAUGGUUUAUUUUGGGCUCUCAGGAAACCACAUAGUCGGACGUAUCCCUUCAGGUAUAGGGAACCUAGUUAACUUAACUUUCCUAUACAUGGAUCGAAAUCAUUUCACUGGUGAAAUUCCAACUUCUUUUGGUAAUCUACGAAAGCUAGAGCAGUUUUCACUCUUUUCCAAUAGACUGUCAGGAAAAAUUCCAUCUUCUUUAGGAAAUCUGUCAUUGUUGAGUGUCCUUUAUUUAGAUGAUAACAAAUUACAAGACACCAUCCCUGCUAGUCUUGGAGGUUGUAAAAACUUGGUGUCGUUGGGCCUUUCUAGAAACAACCUCAAUGGCAGCAUACCAGAACAACUUUUCGGUACCUCCUCUGUAUUAUUUUCACUGAAUCUAUCUCAUAACCAAUUUACUGGUUCCUUGCCUUCAACCAUUGGUAGUCUAAAAGGUCUGAGUGAACUGGAUGUCUCUUGGAACAUGCUGUCUAGUGAAAUUCCAACUAGUUUUGGAGGAUGCACCAGCCUCGAGGUCCUGCACAUGGAGGAUAAUUUCUUCCAAGGAUCUAUUCCUUCAUCAUUUAGUUCUUUGAGGGGAAUUCAAUUUCUUGACCUUUCUUGUAACAAUCUGUCAGGCCAACUUCCAAACUUUCUUGUGACAAUCCCUUUCAUAAGUUUAAAUCUUUCCUAUAACAAUUUUGAGGGGGAGGUUCCGAGGAAGGGAGUUUUCACAAACAAGAGUGCAGUAUCAGUUGUUGGAAAUGACAAACUUUGUGGUGGAAUUUUGGAAUUUCAUUUGUCUGAAUGUCCCAACAAGGAGCCAAAGAAGACAAAAAUGUCUCAUCUGCAAUAUUUAUUGGCAAUCACAAUACCUUGUGCUCUUGUUGGAGCCAUCACUGUCUCGUCUUUUUUGUUUUGUUGGUUCAAAAAGAAAAGAAAGGAGCACUCUUCUGAUACUUUAUUGAAAGAGUCAUUUCCUCAAAUCUCUUACGAAAGGCUCUUUAAAGCAACCGAUGGAUUUUCUACAACCAACUUGAUUGGAGUUGGUAGUUUUAGCUCUGUGUACAAAGGAAGGAUUGAUGAAGAUGGAACACUGGUUGCAAUCAAAGUUCUUAACCUGCAACGCCGUGGAGCGUCUAAAAGUUUCAAAGAUGAAUGUGAAGCCUUGAGAAACAUUCGGCAUCGAAAUCUUGUGAAGAUCAUAACUUCUUGCUCAAGCAUUGAUUUUCAAGGUAAUAAUUUUAAAGCUCUAGUUUAUGAGUACAUGCCUAAAGGGAGUCUGGAGAAAUGGUUGCAUCCUACUCAAGAAACACAUGAUGAUCAGCAGAUAAAUCAAGUUCAGCGUCCAAACCUUCUUGAGAGAAUCAACAUUGCCAUUGAUGUGGCUGCUGCACUUGACUAUCUUCAUCACCAUUGCCACAGCCCAAUCAUUCAUUGUGAUGUAAAACCAAGUAAUAUUCUUCUUGAUAAAGACAUGAUUGGCCAUCUUGGGGAUUUUGGGCUAGCUAGAAUUUUUCAAGAAUUUUCAGAACCAAGUCUUGAAAGCAGCUCGGCUGGAAUAAAGGGAACUACUGGAUAUGCUGCACCAGAGUAUGGCCAAGGAAGAGAGGUGUCAAUAGAUGGAGAUGUCUACAGUUAUGGGAUCCUAUUGUUGGAGAUGAUGACAGGGAAGAGACCUAUCGAUGACACAUUUGAGAAAGGCCUUAAUCUUCACAUGUUUGCCAAGAUGGCCCUGCCCGACCAUGUUAUAGAGAUUACAGACCCAGUGCUUCUAAGUGAAAGACACUUGGAAAAUGCAGCAAGCAUGGAGGAGUGCCUGACUUCUUUGGUGAAAAUUGGAGUGGCAUGUUCCAUGGAUUCACCUAGAGAUCGAAUGGACAUGAGCAGGGUUGUCCGCGAGUUGCUCAUGGUCAGGGAUACUUUUCAAGGAACUGCAAGUAGGCCCGAAAACAACAAGUAUCCAGGUGCUCAUGGUUUUCACAGCUAAGGUAGGAUUCUCUGGAGAAAACAAUGAACAAAAGUGCCUGAAUAUGUCCAGACUUGCUGCUUAGGAUGGCGAUUAUGGCAUUGAAUUGUGAAUGAUUGAGCCCAACAAGACUGCCUCAAUUUAUUUUCUGGGCUUGUAUAUUGAGGAUCUUGCCAAGCCCGGUGAUUAGCAAUUAUUUAUGGGUGGCUAACUAUGUGUGAUAUUAUUUUCAAACCACCAUGAAAAUUACCACCGAAUUUGUUUUAAGAACAUGAUUUUGAGGCUAA